AUGUUCGUUAAUGAUGAUAAGAGGGCGACGAUGUUUGGGUUUGAAGAUUCGACAACGACCAGCUGGUCGUCGCCGUCUGUCGUUGAGAGUGACGGUAACGCAUACUCCUUACCUUCUGCAUUUCAUGAUUUCAUCCUCCCAGAAAGAGAGAGAAAGAAGGAGAAAGAACCAUACUUGAGAAAGGAGUCUGCAUCACUUCGCCACUCCGAUUCUGCAUCUUUCACAAAAAUGACGCUCUCGCUCUCGUUAACAGCUCCGUUCCGCCGAACGACUGCCGGCAGCCCGUCGGGGUUUUCUAAUCCACCAUUGCUUCGCAGUCGAUCACUUCAGUUGAACAAGUUUCGCUCCACCAAGUCAGUGUCUGGACUUAGAGUUUUCGCCAAACAGAACGAGUUUCCGGCUAUCUGGCGACCUGAUUCGAAGGGUUUUUUCGGGAAACACGGAGGAAUUCACUGUCCAGACAUCAUGUUGUCGGCUCUCUCCGAACUCGAAUCGGCUUACGAAAGCCUCUCUUUUGACUCUGAUUUUCAGGUAUAA